AUGUGUGCCAACAGUACUACUUCCAGCAAAGAGCAGCGCACGCGGGUUUUCAUUGCAAGUGCCAAUGCUGUCUUGAAGCAGUGUGGUGCUACGGCUGUUGAAGAAUUUCAGAUCAAGUUCCCAUUCGACAACCUGCUAGUUGAUCAUCUCAAUAACUGGGUGAAAUUUGCUGUCCUGUCACGGGCAAAGAAUCUAGCAAUUGAGUUGGAGCCGGAGGACUUAAGAUGCUGCAAACAUCGGCACGUGUUCCCGUUUGAGCUUUUCGACAAACAAAGCAUGUCCCGCCUUGAGGUAUUUUACUUGCCAGAGGUUGUGACCAAGUUUUCUCAUCUGAAGUAUCUACAGCUGAGGUUGUAUUUUUCUGGUCAGGACAAUCUCCUCUCCUUGGCUUCUUUUCUCAAGGCUGCCCCUCUACUAGAGGAGUUAGAUAUACAUUUUCAGCGCCGCUCCUUUCCGCUGAAUGAUUUUGAGAAGUUACCUAUCAGGAGCCUUCCUCCGUGUCGCCACGGUCAUCUAAAGAGGGUGCUCAUCACAGGGUUCCAUGGGGCCCGGGGUGAGAUUGAACUUGCAGCUCAUGUUGCAGAUAACUCCACCAGGCUUCAGGCCUUGGUCAUAGAUCCAGUCAUGAGAGAUGUGGAUAGGAAUAUGCCUGCUUUAACGCCCGAGGGAAGAGCUAUGUACUGGGAUCUUGCCCGUAAGAAUGCUAAGAAGUACCUUGCCAGGAGAGUCGCACAGGGUGCACGGUUUGAUGUUCUGUGA